AUGUAUAAUGGAAUUGGAUUAAGAACAGCUCGAGGAUCGGGUACGAAUGGGUACGUGCAGAGAAACUUGUCUCAUGUCAAUGCCAACAAGGAUCUACAGAAACAACAGCAGCGUGACAAGUUGCACGGUAGCUUCAACAACAUCUCACCGUCGAUCAAACCCAACAAAGAGAUAUUAGAGCACAUGGCAAGAAGAGCAAUCGAAGUGAAACUCGAGGAAUGGGCUGUCGACGAGGGUGUCUAUGAUCGCGGCUACAAGGACGACGAGCUCGAUGCGAUCCUCGACGAGAAGCGUCAGGAACUCAUCCGCGACCAACAAGAGACUGAGCGCGAGCUGGCAGAGUUUAACGGUGGUGGCGGCAGCGGCAGCGAGGAUGUCAACACUGCACUACGCAAAUACAACCUGUUCGAGACACACCAGAGCGCACAUGUCAAGGAGCUCGAGAACGAACGUUUUAGAAAGGCACUCAACUUGCCCGACGACUAUGUGCCGGGCCAAUCACUCGACAAAAAGGUGCAAGAAGAAAAGAAACAAAAGCGUAUCCAAGAACGCGAGGAACGUGAACGACAAAAGCGCAAGCAAGAGCAACUCAGAAUCAAAGAACAGAAAAAGGAGGAAAAGAAACAGAGAAAGGCAAACAAACUAGCUGCUCGUCAACAAUCUUUGGAGGAAGAGGAUGGUGACAACAAUGAAAAAAAAAGAAGAAGAAGAAGAAAACAAUUGGAUAGCAGUGACAGUAGUGAUAGUAGCGACGACGAUACAGCAAGAAGAAGAAGAAGAAAACAAAAGGAUAGCAGUGACAGUAGUGAUAGUAGCGACGGUGAUACAGCAAGAAGAAAAAAGAGAAUGAUGAAAAAGAGAGAUCUUAGCGAUGAAGAAGAAGAAGAAGAAAGAGAGGAUAGAGACAAAGAGAGACAAAAAAAGUUAAAGAAAAUUGAAGAAAUGAAAAAGAAAAUGACAAUGACAAUGACAAUGACAAUGAGAGAUGAUGGUGGCAACAGAGAUGACAGUGAUGGUGGAGACCGUUAUUUCAAAAAUAGACAACAUGUACCAGAGGUUAAAGAGGAGGAUAUGCGUGAUAUUUCACCUCCAAGAACUUAUACGGAAUACUCUACCACGGACAAAUCAACACCUCUAGUUGUCAAAGAGGAACCAAUGACCCCACCAAGAUCCAAUAUUGUAGAAAGAGAUCAUUCUGCAUCACCUCCAAGAACUAGAGAUGAUGAACGUUCUCGUUCUCGUUCCCGUUCCCGUUCACCAAUUAGAAAUCGAUCACCAAUAAGAGAAGCAAGAAACAGAUCACCUGUUAGAAAUCGGUCACCGGCACCAGCAGCAGGAGGGGAUCGAUCACCAAUAAGAAAUCGUUCUCCUCCUCGUCGUGAUAGAGAUAGAUCAAGAGAUAGAAAUAAUAAUAAUAAUAAUAGAGAUAAUAGAGAUAGAUCAAAGGAAAGAGAAAGAGGAAGAGAUUAUCGUGACAAUAGAGACAGAGAUAGAGAUAAUAGAGAUAGAUCAAGAGACCGAUAUAGAGGAGGAGACAGAUCUCCACCAAGAUCAUCUUCAUAUAGAAAUUCAUCUCCAUCUAGAAAAGACAAUAGGGAUAGAGACAGAGAAAGAGAAAGAGGAAGAUAUCAAGAAAGAAAUUAA